AUGUGCUAUCACUUACUACUCCCCGAAGAGCAUUCAGUUGAUAAUCUUUAUGGUCCCACCGUGGUUGCGGUGAUACAUAUAUCAGUAGAACUGGAAGGUGAAACAUCAUCUAAAGUCGCUUGGACAAAUGUAUAUGUCUUCUGGGCCAAGAAGCCGAGCAGCGAAGCCGAUUAUGAGCUCUGUGACCGCACUUCCAUAGUCGACACGGACCACGCGAUCUGCCGUAAGACUGCAUUUACAGCCGUCCACCAAAUACGAGUCGGUCUACCGAGGAUAAACAUUUGGAUGUUGAGAAUUGGGCAGAAUGUUUUAGUUGUGAGUAUAUCGGUCGAUUUGAAGGCUCAUAUAAAUGCAAAGCCACUGAACCAGCUGGCACUUAUACGACUCAGCUUCCCGCAGUCCGACCAUAGUAUCCAUAGUAUCCGUUUGAGGUUGAGGCUCAUUGCC